ACAUCAGCAUCUUCCCGGGGUGCGCGCAGAGGAGCGGGAGGAGGAGGACGGGGGAGAGAGAAAGAUAGAUAGAGAGGAGGACAAAAAAGACAACAGAGGUGUGAGGGGGGUUAGACAUUGUGUGGAUAAAGGCUCUUUGACGACGAGGAGCAUGGUGAUGGUAGCGGUGAGGCGGUGGAAAAUUGUGGAUGUGCAAGAAAGGACUGCUCUCAUUUGACGCGGAUUGCAUCUGUUCUCGGUUUCCUGCCUCCCACUUCUUCUUUUGCAUCGCUUCUUUUGCACAUCCUGCGUGGACAUCUCGGCGAGACAGACGGGGGGAAACCCCUCGGAUGCAAGGGAAGGUAAAAAAAAAAAAGACCUCCCAUCCAUCUCUCCAUCCAUCCAUAAGGACAUCAUGACAACACUUCUGCCAGCUUUAAAUGAAAGCAUCUACUGUGAAAUAAAGAAAAUCUUUUUUCUUUUUUAAAUAAUUCAUGGUGUAGCCCCAAGGAAAAGGAGCAAUGUUGAAUCACUUGUCGUGGUGAAUUAUUCAUUAGUACUAUAGGUAGGCUAUGAUUUCUUCAAUGUAGCGUUCAUUUCUUCCUAAUGCAAGGCCUCUCGUGCUGAACAAGAGCGUGGAUUUCAUGUCCUUUUCUUGGGAGAGUGUGCAGAUGCAGAGGACGGGGGUGUAAUAAAAACAGAAGAGAUUUUAUUCUUCUUUAUUUAAAGCAAGAGGAACAAACAUGUUGCCUUCCCAAGAAGCCUCCAAGAUCUACCACGGCAACUACAACUACAACUACAACCCGCGGGCCGUCGGGGUGCUGUGGGCCAUCUUCACCAUCUGCUUCGCCAUCGUCAACGUGGUGGUCUUCAUCCAGCCCUACUGGAUCGGCGACAGCGUCAACACGCAGCAGGCCGGCUACUUCGGCCUCUUCCACUACUGCGUGGGCACCGGGCCGUCGUCCAGCCGGGAGCUCACCUGCGUGGGCAGCUUCUCUGACUUCAGCUCCAUACCGUCCGGAGCAUUCAAGGCGGCCUCGGUUUUUGUGCUGCUCUCCAUGGUGCUCAUCAUCGGCUGCAUCGCCUGCAUGGCGCUCUUCUUCUUCUGCAACACCUCCACCGUGUACAAGACCUGCGCCUGGAUGCAGUUGCUGUGCGGAGUAUGCCUGGUGCUGGGCUGCAUGAUCUUCCCUGACGGGUGGGAUGCGGAAGUGAUCCGGGACAUGUGCGGGGAGCACACGGGGAAGUACUCCCUAGGCGACUGCUCCGUACGCUGGGCCUACAUGUUGGCCAUCAUGGGCAUCCUCAAUGCCCUCGUCCUGUCCUUAAUGGCUUUCGUCCUAGGCAACCGGCAGAACGACUUCUACCUGGACGACUUGCAGACAGACAACAAAGAUUUUGCUGUGUCAAGGAUUGAGGUUCGGGAUAGAAGAGAACCGAGGUACGGUGUGCAGCGUCUUCACUGAGGAUCGCACUGGAUAUCUUCACCUCUUGUCCUUCUUCUUCUCCUCCUCCUCUCUUUCUCUCCAAUGAUCAGGAUAUCACCCAAUGUCGAUACAGACACCAAGUGUACAGGAUUCUGUAAAAUAAACAAAAAACAACAACAACAAAUCACUUGGAUAAAUUAUAUUUUGGGAAAAAAAGAAGAAAAUAGUUGUACAGUGCAUUUAACAGUUGACUUUUUCAACAAAUACCUUUAUGGUGUGGAAAAAAAAACUAAAUAUUUAAAGUCUUGAUUUUGUGUGAGAAACCUUUUGGAUUUAUUUUGUGCAUAAUUUUUGCUACUUCAUCACCUUUUUUUUUAAAUAUAUAUACAUCCUCAGAAGAUCACUGAGAGUCCCUGUUGGGGUUGAAAGUGGCAAUAUGGCCGCCACUGGAUGAAAGAACAGUACCCCAGCAUAGCAGCUUUACUAACAUCUCUGGGAGAUUCUCUACUGUACAUACUCAACAAUGUAAAUAACAUUUAAUAACAAAAAAAAAAAAACACGUCCAAAAAACCUCAUCUAACUUCACGCACGUUUUUGUGUUUAUGUCGCUCUUCGCAACUCACUUGAAAAAUGGAGGUGAAAUGAUCUUGCGAUAUUUGGCAAAAACAAAUGUGACUGAGCGCCAUUAUAUCGACACACACAACACGACAUACAUCGAUCUGGCUUUCAUUGGAGCCGAUGAUUCUAUAGAUACUACGGUCCUCAGGGAGGCUAAAAAGUGCUGCAGAUGUCACUUUCAACGCCUCAUUGGACAAGCAACUGUGCCUGCAAGUGUCAUUAAUUAAUGCCCAAAAGGAAAACAAACAAACAAGCUGGUGUCAGCACACUGUACAAAUAAUGUACCUGGUAGAAUAAACUCUCCGAGCCAUGCUGGAUUUAAUGUCAGUAAAACCAGUGCAAGGUAGAUGUUAGGGUACCGCUCUAUAAAUUAACACUUCCUGAACUGCGACUCAGUGAUAAGUGUGAGAGGGAUUUUGCUAAAUAAUGACACCGCCUUGGCCAAUAAUCAAUGGAAGUAGCUCAUUGUUAAAUAUAAAAGUAACAUUUUAAAAUGCAGCAGUACUUGGCCAAAUAGUGAGCCCACAACUACAGCUGGAAGCAGUUGUAAUUAAUGUGUGAUUCACAACUGUUUAUAGCACAUUAUUUAUAAAGCCUUUUUAAAGAUGCCCAUUUUGUAAAGCUUCAUUUUGGCUACAUGACAAGGCAAUUGAUGAUGUUUACACAUCAUUCAUAUGCUGUAGGUGGCAUUAAUGAUGAUGUAACCCUUUAUAAAAACUUUAUAUUGUAAAAGGAUUCAUUUAGGCUGCAAGAAAGGGGCAAAAGAGUUUACAACAUCAUUGAUAAGCCAUAUAUAUAUUUAAAAACAAAUUUAAGUGUAUUAAAAAAAACACAAAUAAUAGUAACAAAGAGUUACAAUGUAAUUAGAAGCCUGUUUAUAAAGCCUUGAUAAAAGGUAUCCAUAUUGUUAAUUUGGGCUACAUGAAAGGGGCAAAAAAGUCAUAACCCAUAUAAAAUAUUUAAAUAUUUAAAAAUAUAUUUAAGUGCUUUAAAAAAAUUGGAGUAACAGAGUUACAGCAUCAUUGCCACCCUGUUUAUAAAAGAUAAAUACAGUCUUUAUAAAGGUACCCAUAUUGUAAAAUAUAUGCGUUAACCCUGAUGUUGGCCUGGACAAUAGCUGUGUAUAAGAGGAAAAAAUGUAAAAAAAACAACAACAUGUUUUUAAAAGAAAGAAAAGAGAGGUACAGGUAGGUAUUUUCAAGGUAGGCUCCUGACAUCUGCAGGUUUAUCUAACAGGCACAUGUUUACCUAUAGUACCAAUGGUACAUGAACAACAUGUUUACUGUCAACCAGUCAAAAGGUUCUAAUAUCAGGCUGUGUUCACACUUGUAGUUGGUGAAUAGAAGAUAGAUGUGAUCCGGUUUGCUUAGCAUUCACAUUGGCUGUGCAGUAAAAAAAAACAUAUGCGUAAAGGCACAACCUGCUGACAAUGGUUUGUAUUGCGUUCACACUUGAUCUGUAGUGAACUGAAGUCACUUGCAAGCAGACCGAGGCCGAACUAUAGCGUACGCACUGGACUAAACAACCCACACAAUCAGAGAAAGAGUUUGCUCAAAGCGAUUCAAAGUGUGAACAGUGGUCACUCAGUCGCAUUUGAGCCUACUCUGGAAAUACAUCCUCACACUUUGAACAGUCCAGGUACAGUCAUGAGCAGAUAGCUAGAUGUACUACUCCAACUACUACUACUAGCAGACGUGUUGUUCUUUUUGGAUGCUUGCUAGCUAACUCUCAGGAAGCUGUGUACGCAGCACUGUAUUCAAGGGGAAUACGUGGGGAGAAAAAUGUUCAUUUUGAUGUAUUUGGGAUUGACUACUAUGGGUUUACAAGCUGGGCCUUAAGGCAAUAUGAACAAAAAAGCCCUUAUGCUGAAUCUACAGUAUCUCCCAAAAGUGAAUAUAUCCCUCACAUUUCAGGAUGGAUUUUUUUUGUUCUUCUCAAGUAACAAUACUAAAGAAAUUUAGUAGAAAUGUUGAUAUACUUUAGAGUAGUCAGUGUACAGCUUGCAUAGCAAUAGCGUCAAAUAUGGUGGUAUGGUCUGGGCUGCAUGAGUGCUGCCGGCACUGGGAAGCUGCAGUCCAUAGAGGGGAAACGUGAAUUCCAUCAUGUACUACGAGAGUGUGAAACAAGAACUGGGCUGCAUGGCAGUUUGCUCACAUGCCAAGGAGCCCAAACACACCUCCAAGAUGACAAGUGCCUUGAUGAGGAAGGUGAAGGUGAUGGUGUGGUGAAGUAUGUCUCCUCCAGACCUGAACCCAAUUGAGCACCUGUGGGGCAUCCUCAAGCAUAAGGAAGGAAGGGAGAUGGAGGAGUGCAGGGUGUCUUAACAGCCACCAGCUCCAACAGUGAUGUCAUCAUGGAGGAGUGGAAGAGGAUUCCAGUAACAAUUUGUGCAGCUCUUGUCAAUUCCAUGCCAAAGAGGAUUAAGUCAGUGCUACAUACUGUAACAAUGGUGCUCACACUACAUAUUGACACUUUGGCCACCAUUUGACAUGUUCACUGUAAGAUGUACACACUUGCAUUGCCAGCAAUUUAGACAAUAAUGGCUGUGUGUUGAUUCAUUUUCGGUGGACAGUAAAUGUAUACUUCUCUACAAGCAGUACACCCUUCUUAGAGUUAUAUGCAAUAUGUUAUACAAUGUAUUUCUUUUCUAUCGUGUGUUUGGGCUCCUUAUGUUGGAAAACUUCAAUUUCCCAAGGAAGGGGAUCAUGCCCUGCUGUACAAUGUCACAGUACAUGUUGGAAUUCAUGUUUUCCGUCAGUGAACCACAGCGCUGUAGUGCCGGCAGCACUCUCAGGCCCAGACCAUGACACAAUUAUCUCGCUACUCACUUGUGUUGCCAGCUAUUUAGACAAGAACGGCUGCGUGUUGACUCAUUUUCAGCGAGUAGCAUACAGUGGUGUGAAAAAGUGUUUCCCCCCUUCCUUUUUUUCCACGUUUGUCACACUUGUCACACAAAUUUAAAUGUUAGAUGAUGACAACACAACUGGACACAAAAUGCAGUUUUUAAAUGAAAAUUGUUAUUAUUUAGGGAGAAAAAAAAUCCAAACCUAUGUGGCCCUGUGUGAAAAAGUGGUUGGGCCCCCUGUUAAAACAUAACUGAGAUUACUUGAGAUCUAUCAGUCUGAAAAAGGUUAUAAAACCAUUUCUAAAGUCUUGGGACUCCAACGAACCACAGUGAGAACCAAACCAAAAUUACCCAAGAGGUCACAAAAGACCCCACAACAACAUCCAAAGAACUGCAGGCCUCACUUGCCUCAAUUUAGGUCAGUGUUCAUGACUCCACCAUAAGAAAGAACGGCCAGCAUGGCAAAGUUCCAAGACAAAAAACCACUGCUGAACAAAAACAACAUUAAGGCUUAUCUCAAUUUUGCCAGAAAACAUCUUGAUGAUCCCCAAGACCUUUGGGAAAAUACUCUGUAGUCUGAUGAGACUAAAGUUGACCUUUUUGGAAAGUGUGUUUCCCAUUACAUCUGGCAUAAAAGUAACGCUGCAUUUCAGAAAAAGAACAUCAUACCAACAGUAAAAUAUGGUGGUGGGGUCAACAAGGGGUCAACCACUUUUUCACACCACUGUAUUUAUACUGCUAUUCAGCUGUACAUGGACUACUUUAAAGUACAUCCAAUUUUACUUUCGAUACUAUUGUCCCUUGAGAGGAUUCCUGAAAAUGGCUGAAAUGUGUCAAAUGGGUCAUACUCACUUUUGUGAUAUACCGUACCACAGAUUUUUAGCCUCAUUGACCAUCGCAGUGCCGAGUCUUUUCUUUUAAAAGCAUGUAAAAUGAUAGGAAUCACUGUUAUGAUAUGUACAGACAUUGCAGAAGAUGUUUUUUUUUUGUUUUUAAACAACUAAUCCACAUGCUGAAAGCUAAGCAUGGAGGUUUCCAUCAAUUUGCAUAAAGAAGGCGGUAGGUAAUGUGUCUUGAUAGGGAUGAUAUCAAGAUUUUUGUCCUUUGGAAUAUAUUCAAGGUUCCGGAAUGACUUUCACUUUAAAAAAAAAUCUACAAAGGGAUUGAAAGAAAAGAGGCCUACAUGUUCCUGUUUGGACUUCCACGCGUCAUCGACCGCACCGGUGUGCUUUUUUCCCCCGAUCCUGAGGACUUUUUUCCUGAACUGACAACCUUAAAACACAGGGAAGUGACGCUAUCUUAACCCUGAUGAGCACAUCUUUCUACUACUCCAGGUGCCUCUAAGAACUCUUUGAUCCAGAUGUGGUGCAGAACCAGCAAAACAAGUAGUGACACUGUAGGUUUUUUCUACUAUAAAAUAAAUAAAGACUACGACACUCCGACUGAGCUCUCAAGAAGCGACACCAGAUGGGUCCGGCUGCGGAUUUGAGGUCCAACCAAGAUGUCCCACUUGAUUAAUUAUGGAUGAUUGAUUAUUGGGGGGUGGGGGGCAUACAUUCAGCUGCUUUGAAUGACGAGCUGAAUUCACUUCAUCAUCUUGCAUUCAAAGUCAUGAAGAAAGCUUUUCAAAUGAUUUUCAUGUAAAUGUUUUUCAUGUAUAAAACACAUCAUGUUUGGGUGGGGGGGAGGAAGGGGCAGGCUAACUAAUGUGCAGUGAUUUUUUAUUAUUAUUAUUAUUUUAGUUGAUUUUUAUGUUAAACCCUGAAAUGUUGCCAAAAUAUCAUCGUGUGUUGAAAACAAAUAGAAAUAUUUUAUUUUGUUGGUUUGUUUUGUACAAGAAAAUAAUUCUAUGAGGAUAUUUGAACGUGCUCUGAUCCUUAGUUGACUUUCUGUGUAUUUUGCUAUGAUGGUUGUUGUUCUGUCACAUCAGAUCAUCUUUUUUUGGAUUGAUUUCACUAAUGGAUGAUUGCUUGUGGAACUAUCGACACCCCCAAAAUGCAUUUAAGAAAAAAAAAACAGAAGAAAAGGAUAUUUAUGAAUUUACAAGAAAGAAGAUGUUUGUUGCUUUUUAUGAAUGGUUUCUGAUGUCUGAAAGUUGUCUAUCUCAAUUCCUUUAUGUGAAUAGUACUACAGCUCACUAUGAACAUUUCUUUUACUCAAACACAUUUUGAGAGGGUCGAAUAAAGAUAUUUUACAUUCAAAAC